AUGGAAGAUAAUUUUAAUGAUGAACCCUUUAAGAAGGAAGAUAACUUUUUUAAGGAAGGUACUCAAAGCAUAGGUGAUGCAGAAGCUGGGAAUAACAUAAACCUUUCUUCUCAGCAAUUGGAGAUAUAGCAAAAUUAAAAUGUGCUAUAACAAUUUGAAGACUUCAAUGAAAACUAAAAUGAAGCCACCAAUAGCUAUUAAAAUUUGGAACAAAAAGGCCUUAAUAAUGGUCUUUUGAAUGUUGAAGAGGAAAACGAGGAUACAAAUAUUAAAAGUAGCUUCAAAUCUGAUAAUGAAAUGCUUAAUUAAAAGAAUGGAAAUAAUAAUUUGAGCUCAAGUAACAAAGAAGACUAUGGGAUAGAAUAAUUGGAGAGUAAAGUAUCAUCAGAUAAGGAAAAUUCUAAAAAAAGUAAUAACUAUGCCCAGCAUAACGCCUAAAAUCUUUUAAACGAGCAAAGUCGCAAUAUUUCUCCUCUCCGAUACGAUCAAGACGAAGAAAAAAUUCCAAUCAAUUAGUCUAACCAUUCAAAAGUUGCAGAGUAGAAAUAAAAUAAGAGCUAACCUGAUGUGUAAAGCCAGAGUAAAAUAAAUAGUUAGUAGCAAGAAAAUCAUGCUAAUUAAUAUUACCACGAGACUUCAAAAGAGGAUGAUGACAAUUCAGGCAGUUACUAAAAGCAAAAGGGUAAUAACCCAUUAGCAAAUUAAAUCGGAGGCCACCCUUUGAAGUUUCAAGAAGUGCAACCUAUUUAAUCUCCAGUUUACGAAUAGAAGAAACAUAAUCAAGAUCACAUUAAUGAAGACUCUCACCACAAAUUAAAGUAAAAGCUUGAUCCUCUACCUAUUCAACCAAAAUAGAUAGGAUAAAAGGUGAGUGCUAACGCUAAUUUUGAUGAUAGUCCUUAAAAUAAAAAUUAGAAUAAUGCAAAACAAAGCUAAGGAAUUAUAAAUAAUUAGCAAAAUCAUUAUCAAUCAAAAAUAAACGAAGAUACUUUCAAGACAAGCAAUAUUAAUUAAUUUGAUGAUAGUUAUUAGCAAUAAAUUCUGUCACACCAAAUUACUGAACAAAAAAGUUUAUCAAAUUUAUAAAAGAUUCAUAACUAAGGACACCAAGUUAUCGAGAUCCCUCCAACCUAAAAUCACAAUCAUUAAAAUAAGGCAGAUGAAAAAACAGAUAAAGAUAAUGAAGAUCAUCCUAAGGAAGAACUUGACCCUAAAUUUGAUACCCCUAUGCACCCUUUCAAGCUAUCAAGAAAUUAAUUAAUUCGUAUUGCUUCAGCUGCUUAGUAAAGACACUUUGCUGAAGAAAUAGAUAUUUUAGAAAGUUUAGGAGGAAUUAACAGAUUCUAGGAAGAUCUCUUAACUGACUUUAAAAAGGGUAUUUCGGGAACAGAGGGAGAUAUGAAUGAGCGUGAUUAAGCAUUUACUAACAAUAGAUAAGAAAUAACUCCUCCAAAGGGUUUCUUCGAGCUAUUUUUUGAUGCUCUUUAAGAUUUUACUUUGAAAAUUCUUUUAGUAGCUGCAGUUUUCUCUAUUGCAAUUGAAGUAGGUACAGCUUCUGAUAGUCACAGAAGCACAGCUUGGGUAGAAGGAGUUGCUAUUCUGGUAGCAGUUUUAGUUUGUGCAACUGUCACAUCUGUUAAUGAUUACCAAAAGGAAAGAUAAUUUUUAGUUCUAAAUAGCGAGGCAGAUAAAAGAAAAAUAAUCACAAUCAUAAGAAAUGGCCAAAAACUAAAUUUGCAUUAGUCUUUGGUUAUGGUUGGAGACUUGGUUGAACUCACUGAAGGUAUGGAAAUACCAGCUGACGGAAUAGUCUUAGAAGCAUCAGAAAUAACAACUGAUGAGUCAGCAAUGACUGGAGAAACCGAUCCUCUUAAAAAAUCUACUUUUAGCGAUUGCAUUAAAAAAAGAGACUUUAUUAUUUAGCAAGGAGCUAAGAAUGUUUCUACUAGUCAUGACGUUCCUUCACCAGUUUUACUUUCGGGAACGAGAAUUUUGACAGGAUAAGGUAAAAUGCUUAUUAUCGUUGUUGGAGAUUUCAGUUGUGUAGGAAAGAUCUCAAAGUUAUUAAAAGCAAAGGAAACAGAAGCUACUCCACUUUAAGAAAAGUUAGAAGCCAUCGCUAUGGAUAUUGGUAAUUUAGGUUUAAAGUCAGCUGUUGCUAUAGUUGGUGCUCUUUUUAUAAGAUUUGCUAUUGAAAAAAUUGUAAAUAAUGAAUGGGAUAACUCUUCAGAUUGGGGUGAGAUGCUUAAUUUUAUUAUUAUUGGAAUUACUGUAGUUGUUGUUGCUAUUCCAGAAGGUCUCCCUCUUUCAGUUACACUUUCUCUUGCUUACUCAGUCAAAAAAAUGCUUAAAGACAAUAAUCUUGUUAGGAAGCUGCAGGCUUGCGAAACUAUGGGAGGAGCUGAUUGUAUUUGCUCAGAUAAAACUGGAACUCUCACUCAAAAUAUCAUGACAUUGACUAGUUGGUGGAAUGAAGAGCUUUAAGAAUUCGAUAAGUAUAACGAAAAAGAUGAUUUGUCAAAUUAUAUAUCCAAAGAAAGAAAGUUUUUCACUAAACUUUUCUUAUAAUCAUGUGCAAUUAAUUGCAGCGCUGAUUUACGCCCAGCUGAAAAAGGUUCUAAGACUGAAGUUGCAGUUUUAAAAUUGUUAGAGAAAUUUGACUAAAAUUAUGAAACUUGGAGAGAAAACUUCGUUCCAGAACUUACCUUCCCUUUCAGUUCAGCUAGAAAAAGAAUGAGUACUGUUAUUAACUCUGAUGGUAAGAGAAUUUUACUUGUAAAGGGUGCUUCAGAACUAGUUUUAGCUGCCUGCAAUAAAUUUAUUUCUAAGAAAAACGAAGAAGUUCGUAAAAUUGAUGAAGAAUAACUUUAAACUAUGAAAAAUGCCAUUAAGAGUAUGGCUGAUAAUGCACUUCGUACUAUUGUACUAGCUUACAAAGAAUUAAAAGAUAAUGAUGAUUUAGAAACUAAAGAUCAUCUUGGUGUUUUUGAUAUCGAAACAAGAGAUUUAACUUGCCUUGCAAUAUUUGGUAUUAAAGAUAUACUAAGAUAAGAAGUACCAGGAGCAGUUAAGCAAUGCCAAGAUGCAGGAAUUAAAGUUAGAAUGGUCACUGGUGAUAAUAGUGAUACUGCCAGAGCAAUAGCUAGAGAUUGUAAUAUUUUAACAAAAGGAAAAAAAUCUUCUCCAUAUCAAGUUAUAGAGGGUGUUGAGUUCAUAAAAUUAACUGGUGGCAUUGUAUGCAAAAAGUGCUAAACUUUCGAAUGUGGAUGCGAAAGAGACUCAGAAAAAGCUAAAGAAACAGGCAAACCACUUAGAAUAGACACUAUUAAAAAUGGUGAGGUUUUUGAUAGAAUAUAUAAUGAUAUAGAUGUAAUGGCUAGAUCUCGUCCCGAAGAUAAAUACGCACUUGUAGUUGGUUUGAUAGAGAGAAAGCAUGUUGUGGCUGUUACAGGUGAUGGUACAAAUGAUGCACCAGCUUUAAAGAAAGCUGAUGUAGGUUUUGCUAUGGGUAUUGCUGGAACAGAAGUAGCAAGAAGUGCUGCUGCUAUCAUUCUUCUUGAUGACAAUUUCAAAAGUAUUGUAGCUGCAGUUUUAUGGGGUAGAAAUAUUUACGACUCAAUUAAAAAAUUCCUUUAGUUCUAACUCACUGUCAAUAUUGUAGCUGUGUUUAUUACUCUAAUAGGUGCAGCCGUUAUUAAAUAAGAAGUUUUAUAGCCUAUUUAGAUGCUUUGGAUUAAUUUAAUUAUGGAUACAUUUGCUUCUCUUGCCUUGGCUACUGAACCACCUCAUGAAGAGCUAUUGCUUAGAAAACCUCACAACAGAGAUGAAUAUAUUGUAUCUAAAAAGAUGUUUAAGCAUAUAAUUGGCCAAGCUAUUUACUAGUUAGUUAUUAUGAUAGUGCUUGUUUUUAAUGGUGAAACUUUCUUACCUGAAGUAAGUGACUCAUUCGAUGAUUAAAUAAGAAACAACACACUCUUUAAUAAUGAUCCUACUUAAUGGUGGAAAGCUAAAUACUCUAAUGAAAAGAUGACUUUAGUCUGUUCAGGGCGAUUGAGGAGUUAUAGCGGCACAACCAAAGAAUAUUAAGUAGUAUGGGACGAAUAUCAGUAACCUUCAAGACAUUUUUCAACUGUUUUUAAUGUCUUUGUUUGGAUGCAAAUUUUUAACUUCUUAAAUGCAAGAAAGCUUUAGGAUGAGUUAAAUAUAUUUGAAGGAAUAUUUAAAAAUUAUCUUUUCUUUGUUAUUCUUCUUCUUAUUAUUGGUUUAUAAAUUCUGAUCAUGCAAGUUGGAGGAUUACCAUUCUAUAUAUAUAAAAAUGGUUUGAAUGGAGGUAAUUGGGGAAUUUCUAUUGCAUUCGGAGUUGGUUCACUAGUAUGGGGAUUCUGUCUUAAAUUUGUGAGUGAAGAAAAAUGUGCUUAGUUUGGUAAAAAGAAGGUUAAUCCUUUGCAUAAUUUUUCAAGGGUUCUUUCUCUAAAAGGAAAUAGAGACGAAGCUUCGAUGUCCAGAAGAUAUUCAGCUCUAGUAAAUCAUCCAAUGGCUUUAAGACAUUGA